UGGUCUUCAUCUUACUGUCAUCAGGAGAAGAUCUGGAUGUGUUUGACCUGGAGAAAUACUCUGCUUCAGAGGAGGCUCUUCUCAGGUUGCUGCCAGUGGUCAAAGCUUCAAACAAAGUUCUAUUGAAGAACUGUAACCUCUCAGAGAGAAGCUGUGAAGUUCUGGCCUCAGUUCUCAGCUCCCAGUCCUCUAAUCUGAGAGAGAUGGACCUGAGUAACAACAAGCUGCAGGAUUCUGGAGUGGAGUUGUUGUCUUCUGGACUGAAUAGUCCAAACUGUAUACUGGAAACUCUCAGACUUAGAUCCUGUAACCUCUCAGGGAGAACUUGUGAAGUUCUGUCAUCAGUUCUUAGCUCCCAGUCCUGCUGUCUGAGAGAAGUUGACCUGCAGAACAACAACCUACAAUAUUCAGGGGAGAAGUUGCCGUCUGGUUCAGACUGUACACUGGAAAUAUUCAGGGAGCCUGAUGGAGUCCGAUGGUUGAAACCAGGUCUGAGGAAGUAUUCCUGUCAGCUCACAAUCGACACAAACACAGUGAACAGCUACCUCCAACUGUCUGAAGACAACUGGAAGGUGACAUGUGUGGAGGAGCUUCAGUCAUAUCCUGAUCAUCCAGACAGAUUUGAUUACUAUCCUCAGUUGUUGUGUAGUGAUGGUCUGACUGGUCACUGUUACUGGGAGGUCGAGUGGAGAGGAAGAGUUUUUAUAUCAGUGAGUUACAGAAGAAUCAGGAGGAAAGGAUACAGUAAUGACUGUUUGUUUGGAUCUAAUGAUCAGUCCUGGAGUCUGAGAUACGCUGAUGAUGGUUACUAUGACUGUCACAAUAACAUAGUUACAUCCUCCUCCCCCCCCCCUCCUCCUCCUCCUCCUCCUCCUCCAUCUCUAACAGAGUAGCAGUGUAUGUGGACUGUCCUGCUGGCAUUCUGUCCUUCUACAGAGUCUCCUCUGACUCACUGAUCCACCUCCACACCUUCAACACCACAUUCACUGAACCUCUUUAUCCUGGAUUCUGGAUCGGUUCUGGUUCCUCAGUGUUUCUGUGUUGAGUCUAAAGAGUCUCCUCCUGUCAGAGAAACACUCUCACUGUUGAACAGAUAGUUCAGUCUCUACAUGUCUGUCUCUUUCACUCAGAAACAUUUUCACAUUCAGUUGGUUUCUUUCUGAAACUCUUGGAAAAGAUUCCUUGUAAACUUCGUCCUCUUCCAGUCCUUUAAAGAUGGAAGCUGGGAUUAUUCCAGGAUUCAAAGGUUUGGUUCUGUUUCCAGUUAAAGCUUCAUUUAGGGGUUUUCCUCCAAUGUGUUUCCAGUGCUAUACCAAGACUGCUGCUGGAGUUGGUUCUUUACUGGUUCUUUACGUCUCUUCCAGUAAAUGUUUGAUCCUGGCUCUUAAUAUCACCAUCAGAAGAAGUUUUAACAUUUCUAUCUCCAAUCUUUUCUGUCAUAUUUCUUGUUUGUGUCACUAAUGUAGUUUUUCUUCAUUUGAUCUGAACAGUUUUGUACUUUAGUCCCAGAUAAACAGGCUGCCUCCUCAGGAUCUGUGGGCUGUGAAGCUCAGGGUUUCUGGAACUGAUUUGUGAUGAAAAAUGAUGACGUGAGUGGAGCUGCUGUUUUAACUGCCCAGGUGGUUGUUCAGUUCCUCACUGUUAGUAUCUGCUAUGUUUUAAUGAGCCAGAUCAGUUCACAAUAUGACUUCUGAUGAGACUGUUCCU